AGCGAUCUUCUUGACAGCCAGAUUUGUGUUUUGUAGUAGACCACUAAGAAUUGUUCUUUAAAACAUAAUGAUGCCAACCGCAACCUUCAACAUUACAAGCAUGUUGUUGCUCCUGUCCGACCGAAGAGCUACAAGGUUUUCCCUUUUCUGCUCUCGCCCCGUGCAACUGCUUCUCGCUCUUUGCAGUCUCUGCACUAUCACGUCAGACGCGUUGAAUUGGUUAGCGGUCCCAGACUUCGAUUGCCGCGAAAACCCGAACUUUGAUCAUCUCGUUUACGUCAACAAACAUGGAGCAGUUGCAACGAAGCUAUCCACCUUCUGGGAAUCGAUCGUGCAGGAAGCGGUCAACGAUCAAAGGGAGAAAGAGGAGAGACAGAAGCAAGAUGGUGUUGGUGGAGAAGCUGACAAGGGAUCAGCAUCACAAACUAGGGAAGCUUCCUCGGAU